AGCAGGUGGAAGUUGUUUAUCUGCUCUGCUGUUCAGUGUGGCCCAACAGACUGAAAAAAGCAGCUGGCUAGAGGAAGGAGAUCCAGAGUCUUUCUGAAGCUGUACUUUCCAGGCAGACAGAAUAUUCAGCCAGGCCCAAAUUCAUGGAUAAGUGGCAAAAGGCCAGUGAUAUGGAAUUCUGUGGUCUGGCUGAAGCAGUAAAGGAAUUGGAACUGUUGACGUCUCUAGAUUGUUCUGUGUUGGAGGAAUAGUUUCAAAGCACCAGCCAGACCUACCUGUGUACUCUUGAGAGGCUUUGACUUUUAGCUUGUGAAAGAGCUUUUGCCAAGUACAAGAAAGGAAAAAUCAUCAGUAAGUAAAUUGUUGGAGUGUCUCCAGGUGUGCUCCUUUAGCAAUGAAUAUGGUUGCUCAAAGAAUCAGAGGUCAGGGGAUCCUCAUUUUCAGUUGGGUUUCCCUAUGUGUAAGCAUCCUAUUGAAUAAACGGGACAUGCUAUUUGAGAAGGAGAAUGCCCGGCGUACAGGUGGCAACCUUAUCCUAGGACCGCAGGAAGAACAUGUCAAUGACAAGCUCAUGUGCCUCAAAGAAACUGAAGUAAUUAAAGCUAUGGAAACUGGGCUGUUUCCACCUGCCAUGCAUUUCUUCAAGGCUAAAGGUCUCAUUGAACAAAGUGCUGUGUUCAGCAUCUUAAAAGACAUGCCCAAAGGUGGCCUUUUACAUGUGCAUGACUAUGCUAUCCUGAGUGUUGACUGGCUGGUAUACAACGCUAGUUACAUGCCUGACUGUUACAUCUGCUUCUGCCCUAAGUGGACUGUUCAAUUCAAGUUUUCAAGUCCUUCUCCUCCUACAAAUGUGCCUCCUUGCUCUGAGUGGAUAUUGCUAGAGACCUACCGCAAGAUUCUGGAGGAUGUGGCUGAAUUUGAUAAGAGUUUGCUGAGGAACCUAACGCUAGUAACAGAUACUCCAGAGGAGACCUACCUGACUCAAGCUUUCAUUUGGAACAAAUUUGAAAUUAUCUUCAACGCUGCUUCUGGCAUUAUUAAUUAUGCACCUGUGUUCAAAUCCUACUUCUAUCAAGGGCUGCUGGAACUCUAUGAAGAUAAUGUGCAGUAUGUUGAGCUCAGAGUUCUGCUGCAACAGGUGUAUGAGCUGGAUGGAAGUCUGCAUGAUAAAUUUUGGUCUGUGGCAGCUUAUGAAGAAGUGGCUAAACAAUUUGUAAAGGAUCACCCUGAUUUUGUGGGUGCAAAAAUUAUAUAUACAACACAUCGAAAGCAGAGCAUUUCCCGGAUUGAAGAAGCUAUUCGUACAGCCAUGGCACUCAGAACUAAGUUCCCAGAUACUGUGGCAGGGUUUGAUUUGGUUGGUUGGGAAGAUGGUGGAUACUCUCUCUGGGAACUGAAGAAAGCCUUAAUUUUGCCAAAAACUCUAGGAAAUCAUUUGCCGUAUUUCUUUCACGCUGGGGAGACAAACUGGGAAGGCAUUUCUGUAGAUAAAAAUGUGUUGGAUGCUCUGCUAUUGAACACCAGCCGGAUUGGUCAUGGAUUUGCCCUUGCCAAGCAUUCAGAAGCUAGGAGGUUGGCAUUGAAGGAGAAUAUUCCUGUAGAAGUCUGUCCUAUUUCUAACCAGGUCCUGAUGCUAGUAUUGGAUCUGAGAAACCAUCCUGCUGCUUUUCUGCUGUCAGAGGGUCAACAGGUAGUGGUUGCUUCUGACGAUCCAUCCAUCUUUGGAGCAAAGGGAUUAUCCUAUGACUUCUAUGAGAUCUUUAUGGGUGUAGGAGGAAUGAGUGCCGAUUUGAAAACUUUGAAGCAACUGGUGCUAAACUCUUUAAAAUACAGUAGUAUGCAACCUGAUGAGAAGGACAGGGCCUUGAAGAUUUGGCAAAAAAAGUGGGACCACUUCAUAGCUCAGUUCGGCAGCUUCUUUCCAAAGGGCUGCUAGAAAUAGGCCAUGGUACAGGUACUAUACAAAAUCUUGCUUCUCCCAGCUACUUUGAUCAGAUCAUUGCUCCUUUAACAAUCUUGCAAAUGAUAAAAAUAAUUGAAAUCAGAAUGUACUCCAUAAUGGUAGAGUUUGUUGUAUUGAGAUUGAAUAGAAGUAGUGAUCUUUUCCCCUUUAAUAGUGGAAGGUUUUCUGAUUUUUUGGUUAUAUUGGUAGCUGUUGUUGUAUAAAAAUACAACAAAAUGUUGUUUGUUGUGGAAAAAUAGGAAGCAGGAGUAUUAAGUAC